UCAAAAUGUUGGUCCCGGCUGAUAUGUUGGCCGCCCAGUCAAAAAUGCUCUAUCAAAUAAACAAAUAUUACGGCGAGAGGGUUCAAACCCGCAUGGCGACAAUAGCCAAAACGAUUCGGGAAGUUUGCAAAGUGGUCCAGGACGUGUUGAAAGAGGUCGAAGUUCAAGAACCAAGAUUCAUCUCCUCCCUAACUGAAUGUAACGGCCGCUACGAAGGCCUGGAAGUGAUUUCUCCCAUUGAAUUCGAGGUGGUGUUGUACCUCAACCAAAUGGGAGUGUUUAAUUUUGUAGACGACGGUACGCUACCGGGUUGUGCGGUCUUAAAACUCAGCGACGGAAGAAAGAGAUCAAUGUCCUUGUGGGUGGAGUUCAUAACAGCGUCAGGCUACCUCUCCGCCAGGAAAAUCAGGUCAAGGUUCCAAACCCUCGUUGCCCAAGCUUGCGACAAAUGUUCCUACAGAGACAUAGUGAAAAUGAUAGCUGAUACCACCGAGGUGAAACUGAGGAUACGGGAGAGGUAUAUAGUACAAAUAACGCCAGCUUUCAAAUGCUCCGGAGUAUGGCCAAGGUCUGGUGCCCACUGGCCUAUUCCUCACAUUCCUUGGCCACAUCCAAAUCUAGUCGCAGAGGUGAAAACUGAAGGAUUCGACCUGCUCAGCAAGGAAAGCAUCGCCGCGCAAGGAAAACAGUCAGCCAUGGAGGGCGACGCUUGGGUGCUUUCAUUUCUAGAAGCCGAAAACAGACUUUUAGGAAGCGGCUGCCGACGAAGAUGUCUGAGUAUCCUGAAAACCUUGCGGGACCGACACCUGGACCUUCCCGGCAACCCGGUUUCGAGCUACCACUUGAAGACGUUGCUAUUGUACGAGUGUGAAAAACACCCGCGAGAAACAGAGUGGGAUGAAUCCUGCAUCGGAGACAGAAUCAAUGGGAUAUUCCUGCAACUGAUUUCGUGUCUGCAGUGCAGGAGGUGUCCGCAUUAUUUCUUGCCCAAUUUGGACUUGUUCAAGGGGAAAUCUCCAAGCGCGUUGGAAAAUGCCGCUAAGCAAGUGUGGAGGUUAACCAGAGAGAUGCUAACCAAUACGAGGAGCUUGGAAAAAUUGUAAUUCAUUGAAACAUUACAUUUAUUUUUCCUCCAAUUAGAGUCGAACAGUUGAGCAAUAAAAAGAGGAUUUCAUCGAACCGAUACCUAUAGCGAUUAUUUAUGUUGCUGGUGUGGUCAAUUAUAUGUCCCAAGUAUAGGCGAAACUAAUUGAAUAUUCAGUGGAUUAUUGAAUGUACAUUUUUCCAUACGAUGCAUGUACACGCUGAUGUGGUGGGAGAAUUUUUCAUUUCUCAACGAGAUUUCCUUCUCAUAUUUGACAAUGAAUGUGCCAUUUUUCAAAAUUGUUUUUGUUGAUUAGUGAUAUUUCAGUGAUUUUACCGUUUUAAUGACUAGUGCUACUAUUUCAUUAAUAUCGACUGUUUUAAUAUAAUAUCUACGCUACUGUAAAUAUUUUGUAUAUUUUUUAGAGACCGCUAAGUUGAUUUGAAUAAUUACUACUUAUUUCUGUUAUACCUAUUGAUGUAAAUAACAAUUGUUUCAUAGAAAUACUGCUUUACUAUUUAUAUUUUGUGGAUAUAUAUCUGUUUUUUGU